AUGGCGCAACAUCCCAAGCACUACUCGAUGCUCAGUCGGCUGCUGGGCAGCAUCGGAAUCGGACUGGUGCAGAAGAGAGGCGCCAAGAUUUGGUACAACCCCUACAUCAAGUUGGAAGACGAGCUGGUCAAGUACGGCAUCAUCAGCGUCGAUGACCUGUGCAACGAUCUGCUCGACUGGGAGACCAUGUACGUGAGCGGUCGCAUGCACAAGCCUGUCGCGCUGGUCACGUCAGAUGCCAGGGUGAGGCUGGCGCAGCAGGUCAACCUCGCCUCUGCGCUGCGAACCGCACUGCUGUUGCUACCAAAGGACUUCUCAGAGGUGGAGUUGUACACACGGAUCGCCUCUCUGAGCUACACGGGCGACUUCCGCAUGUCGGUGCCCGGAGGCGAGAACGCAAACAAGGUGCGCAACAUUGUGCUAAACCAGCGCGAAGAGUUCCGACGGCUCUAUGCUGGGCUCAUGCGUAAUUUGGGUACGCUCUCGGUCGAAGAAGUGAGGGGCAAUCGUUUCCGCAUUCAGCAAGAUGACUCGGUCUCGACCAAGGCGUCGUACGCUGCUCGGUUGCCGAGGAAUUUGCGCCAAAAGGUACAAGAUCACUACACAAGGCAGCCACACUUGGACCCGGCCUUCUUGAAACUGUCCAUGUCCAAGACGCUCGACACGGUACCCCGCAAGCCGUCGAGCAUCGAACGCGAAGAGACGCUCAAAGCCUUCUGGAUAGCAGCGGUGCAGAGAGACGACUUUGGCGAGGUGCUGUUGCAAAAGAUUGCCGAAACAGUCAAAGGCCCUGCAUGGUCGCAGUCGAUCAAGGGCAUCUACACGGCUGGCUUCACGAGGACGCUCCGAUAUGUUGGUGCCAAGAUUGGCAAGUACUUUGAAGGCCGAAAGCAGAACGAAGACAAGUCGUCAUAG